GUCGUCGUCGUCGUCGUCGUCGCUUCGAUAUUUCGCUUUGCAAAAUUAGAGAAAAAAAAACGUUCAUGUUGUUUCUCCCUUCGUUGAUUCGCCAAAGAAGUCAUCGGAGAACACAUGCGGCCGCCAUUAAUCCCUAGCUGAAAAUGCAUCGAGCUCGCAUAGCCCACACACUCGCAUUCAGAGAAUUUCUUAUGGACGGGCCAGGUACAGUCACGUGGGAGGAAUUCCUCGAAAAUGCGCAACAUUUUCUUGUUGUUUCAGACGAGAUAUCCGAUGGAUGGAAAUUCCAUGGGAACAAGGAUAUUCCUGGACAAGCGUAUCUGGUUAGAAAAGCGAAGUGCUUUGUAUCGUGCGAUACCGCGUAUUCCGCAGCGAGAAACGACGAAUCGACCGGUUUCUUCAACGACAACACCGAGGAAUUCUACGUGAAAUUUCAGAACGAUCCACACGAGGCUCCUUCCACCGACGAAACGUCUCCUCUUAUCAUCGAGCAUCACAUUUUGUGGUCCAUGAGUUACGGCGUUCCGGUUCUCUUUUUCAACGGUUGGAAAUCAGAUUUUUCCGGCAUUAACCCAGUGAGUGUAAAUGAGGCUCAAACAGUCUACAGUUCCCAAUUAAAUUACAUGGAAUUAUCGCAAGCGAUUCACCCUGUCGUCGGCACUCCAUUCCUGCAAUUACACCCGUGUCUCUCGCAAGAAUUGCUGCGAAGCAUGUCAAAGAGCAAGAACAAACUCGUCAGUUGGCUAAGUUGCGUGGCACCUGCGGCUCUAAAUCUCAAAAUACAUCCGGAAUAUUACAAGUUGACUUGUUAAAAUUUAGCCAUCUCAAAAAAAUAAUAAACAUUGAACGAUCAGAAAAAGUCUUCAUAAAUAACCAUUAACUAGAUGGCUGUUUAUACUGAUGAUAUCCCGGUCUCAUGCGCUGUCACUUAUUGCAUCUCCGCGCGUCUUCUAAUGUCUAUUUUACGUUUCGAGAGAGGAUAAGAGUUUAUCUCUUCGUUGGAACUCGUAAUACGUGAAUUCCAGUCACGUAUAUUCGAUGGCGAUGAUUCAAAUAGAAUCCGUUCGCGUAACCGGCGGCGUCGGUGUGGCGGAUCUAGCAUUGACCCACGGCAGACCGGGGAGAAAAAGACACGGAAGAUACCACGCGGCGGUUCUUCUCUUCUCAUCUUUAUUUAACAACGCGCUUUCGUCAGAAAGCCGCGUCGAUUUUUCUUUCCUCCUCCGGUGUGACGAAAUUCAAAACGAUAUAGUUCAAGGAGAAGAGACGCCAGAACGUCGCGCCCGAUAUAUUACGAAUUUCAGAUGUGAAGAUGAUGAUUUUAUAUAUCGAUCCUCAUUACGAUGCGUCGUAAGCGGGCACGCACAGGAGUACCACGAUGUGACAUCUGAUUCGUUCGUCGGACGGAAAUAGAAGCGGUUGCAGAUAGAAUCCGGGUGACAAUGAAUUUGCCAUGACGACCGCGCGAACUCGAGAGCGGAAGAGGAGAACGCGGCGGGAGAGGGAAGAGAACGCGAGCGCGGGAUAUAUAUCCUCCCGAGGGACGCCACACACGCACAUUAACGCACACACGCACGUACUCCCACCCAUGUUUGUUGCUAAAGUCAUUCACUCCUUUCUUGUCGCAAUUCGCGACGAACGUCACCGGUUUUUACCAGACGAUACCGGUGAUCAUCAAGAGAUAAGACAAAUAUAUAUAUACCAACGGACCAAACCGAAAAGAAUAUACGAAAGGGAAAGGCGCGCGACCUCCUUUCCUCUUCUCAUCGGGGCGGCGGACUAUUGAGAAUAUACGUGUAGUUGUGUGUCGAAAGAGAGCAAAUCAUUAUUCCACUCGCCCGUGGAUUCAAAUCGUAGAUGUUUUGUGCGCGCACACACACACACACACACACACACACGCGCGCGCAGUGCGUUGUCGAUUUUCAUCUUUCUGUGUUCUCUGUGUGCACGUAUGUGCACGCUCCCGUCUGCAAACUCCACCCUUCUCUCGCGCGCUUUUCGAACGCGUGGCGUCACACAUAUACGCGCGCGAACUCUCCGAGAGACACACCAUGCUAUAAAGAAGCAACUUUACGCCGCACCGCACAGUCUCGCGAUCGUCGCCGUGUCGCGCGCGCUAACCGAGUUCUCGUUGUAUAUUCGGAAAUAAAAUAAAAAUAAAAAAAAAAAACGCGAUUAAUCGCGCGAGAUACUGACGACGACGUUCUGCACGCAGUGCAGGAAACACCGACGCGUUUAGGUAAAUUUGUCCGACGUGCGUUUUUCCACGUUUACGCGAACGCUUCUUUCUUUUAUAAACGAACAAUAUGUUUUGCCGGCGAUGGACAACGUACUUAGAGCACAUACACGCACACGUUGAGAGUAAAAUUUUGUUGUUUGAGCGAAACACACGCCCGCGAUUAUGUUUCUUUAUCGAAUGAAAACUGUGCAACAUGUUUAUUUAGCGACAGCAGAUGAGAUUAGUUCGUGUGUCAGAUGUGAUUUGCUGCGCGUUCACAGUCCUUGAACAUGCUUAUCUCUCAAUAUACACAGAAAAGGUCCGAUGUGUCGCGACGUCACACGACGUUAGAUCGUCAUUUGAUGUGACUUACAAAAAACGGAUUCACUUGGAAAUCAGUUGAUAACGCAUACACGCACACAGGUGUUUUUUUUUCGAGACGAGAGUAAAAGGUUUUGUUUUCUAUCGCUUUUAACAUGUUUUUUUUUUUUUUUUUUUUUUUAAACGGCGCGUCUCUCAUUCGAGUGUGUUCCGUGAAGAAGUAGAAUCUACCUCGUAAAUUGUUGGCAAGGAUGACGUUUCUCGGCAAAUUUUUUUCCUCGUUGCGACGAUGAAAACUUGUAUACUUGUGUGCAUUAAUCUUGUUGUCUCUUAUAGCGCGAGAGGAAAACUGCGAAUAAAAAAAAACCAUCACUGUAGCAAGCGCUGACGAAGGCCGCGCGCGCAAACGUUGUGUACAGUUCGAUACCUUGAUAACGAAUGCUCGUGCGAACGAUUAUGGGUUCGAAGGUUAUCGGAAUUAAUCGAGAAUGAGGCAGAGGAGGAUUAAAUUUGGAGCGAGGGCAACCGUAAGGGACAUUUUAGGACCUUCCACUAGUGCCGGAUCGUCCCGCGCUUGAUUGCACGUUACCACAACGGCGCUCGAUGCCGAAUCCGCCGGCGCGCGCGGUUAGACCGGGCGUGAAAUAUACCGCCGAUUAUUUCCGCACGAUUAACCUCGCAUAUAGUCAAUCUUUUCUGUGGCGUUAAUUAAAGCUGUCGAACCGCGCUUGUGCACCUCCGCGUGUGUGCAAUCGCCGUCAUCCACAGUCCUCUCCUGACGUCUCUGACAUCUCAUCUCGCGAUCAUCGCCGCGUCGAAUUAAUCGAAUCGGAUGAGUGUGACACGCAAAUUCGCUUAAUCACAACGAUCUCGAUUACACAAAAUUACAUUAUCCGCAACACACACUCGAUUGAUGACGAUUUAUCAAUUAUCGGCCGGUCGUGAUUGAGAGAGCGGUAAGAUAUAAUUUGAGAGAAGAAGAGACCGUGCGAUGUUCGAUCGCGAAUGUGUGGUUGUUCUUUUCACCGAUUCAUUAUCUCGUUUGAGAUGUCAUGACAGUGCUGUUAUUCUGCUGAUGACAAUAAACGCGACGUAUUACGUGAUAGAUUAUAUAGUAACGCCUGAGCACGUGUUGAGCUAAUUGUGUGUGUGUGCGUGUGUGUCGCCUUACAUUUUCAUCGAUCGGCUCGUUCAAUAAUGAUGAUGUUGACCUGUUCAUUAAGAAAAAACAAAACAGACAUUAAAAAUUCGAAACGAACGAAAGAAAAGAAGUGUGACACAUCGAAUCUGACACAAUUCUCGUUAACAAGUCGGCUACAUGUGUCGAGGCGCGAGCAUCCGUAACAUAUGUUGCGCGCGUCGACACAUCGCCAAAGUAAACGCCAACGAAAUCGGAUUAUGUAUUCGCGAGCGGAUUUGUUUGCAUUUGCGCGCGCGCGCAGAGAUACUUGUGUUCUCGGCGCGCGUUACGUAAAAAAACAAGGAACAAACGCGCGGCGGCGAUUACUGCUCAUUAAUAUCGUGCGUUCGAUCACAAGCCGUAUUACACAGUGUUAAAAAUAAAAAUGCUAAAAAAAAACGUCAAUACGCGAAGAUACACGCACGUAGUUGUAGUAAAGCUCGGAAUGUCGCGCGAUUGUCUAACUUUUGACGCGUUAAAUUAAUUGCUAUUAAGAGAAUUAAUAUAAAUAACGCGGUUUUUUUUUUUUUUUUUUUUUUUUUUUUUUUU